AUGUCUUUUCUCGCUGAUUUUGAGCCUGCCUUAAUAAAUUCUCGUUUUGACCGUCAACAAAUACCCGAAAACAAAUCUUCCAACAACGAUAAUUAUACUAAUAUUGGUUAUAAAAACUAUUGGAAGAAUAGUUCGCCUGUCUCUUUACAAAAUACGAUGACAUCCCUUCCGGCAUCUUCUUCACUAGCCUCUCAAAACGUUCGAUAUGAUCGAAA